GAUUGGUUGUCAUUGCACCAGGCGGAAGAAGAAAAAAAAAUAGUUCCCCCCCUCUUGUCCGCCCGAAGCAGAAGGUUCUGUGCUGCCUUUCCCCUUCCUCCUUUCGUCUCAGUUCACUGAAACUAAAUUGGAGCAAACUUCGUUGCCUCACCGUCGCCGCGGCGCGCUCGACCCCUAACUAACCAUUACGUGGCACCCGGCGCCAGCGAGUGGUGGCAGCUGUUAAGUCCUAUGUUCAACCGAUGCGAAGUCGGCAUCCACCAAACUCUAUCUCUGUCCGUCUGUGUCCCAGCCGUGUCCCAGCAUGAUGGGGAGACGUACCACCUCGAUCCCAGCGAAGAUGCGGUACGUAUCGUCGCUUCCCCCCCCCUUUUGCCACUCUCUGCCAGGUCCGGCUCGCGCAUCCCGCUGCAAUCAGGAAAAAGUCUGGAUCUUCCUUCCGUUUUAUUUUGGUCCUGCACUUCUAGUCAAGGUGAUCCGAGUGCCACACCAAGCAAAGUGCCAAACCGAACGCCAAAUGCUGCUAAGUUUGCCUCCCCUCCACCCUGUACCUCACUCCCUUUCCACACCCCCCACUCACCCCCAUGUCCACACCCACGUCCACACACCCACGUCCACGCCACGCAACCACCCUGCCCUUGGUUGGUUGGCUUGUCUUUGUAAGGUACUUCCAGAAAGUAUCCGACUCUUCGUUAAAGAAGCGUUCCUCCUCCGACUCAACUCACCUCAAUUUUGUCUCUGCCCCUCUGACCAUCAGCUCAACACCACUGAUAUCACACUAUUCGACGACUCGAUCGAUACGUUCAUCCACUCCUACAGUCUCCUGUCCACCCGGUUUGUCUACACACGAUCCUAUCCGAAUGACGGGAACCUCGUGCUAGGCGUUUCUCUCCACGACAUCGAUCGGGGCCUACAUCACCUAAUGACAGUGAUCGACCUGUUUCUUCUCAGACAGCCCCUGCAAGCUGUCACUUGAAGAAGUAAACUUCGACGAAACCAACCGCCGAAGACAAUCGUACCGCAGCCGAUACCAAACACAACUUCCGUUCAUACGCUACCCACACAGUCGAAAUGAUUCCCAGAGGUCUCACCUCCGCCUUCGGGACCCCGUCCCUCGAGAUCGGCCAGAUCCUUCUCGGAAACGCCAGCCGCUACACAAUUCAAAAGAAAAUCCGUGAAGGUGUUUGGAUCGCUACGUAAGUCCAUUC